UUCCUUUUCUUUCCCGACUCGUCCGGCGGCUAUGCUUCCUCCAAAACAAAUGCAUGGCUCAAGAAGUUCAUCGUGACACUGCACCACCUGUCUCGUCCAAACAAGGCUUUAGCUCGCUCUAUAUAUUGCCCGCCUCCGUCGUGUCCGUGAAAGACACAGCAUAAAGUGCUCGCUGGCUCGAUCGAUCUCCACGGGACGCUUCUCCGCGUAUACGCGCAAGUGCGUGCAUCUCGUCAACCAUUAGCUCAAGCCUAGCGCGCACCGCGCAGCGAUGAUCCCGGCAGUCUCAGCGUUCAUGGACGACGACGACGCCGGCAUCGGCGUCCACGACGACCCCGCGGCCGGCGAGAGCACGCACGCGCCGCUGCUUCCGGAGACCAGCCUUCAGGGCCGGCGUGCCCCCGCGAGGCAGAAGCCGCAGCCGUCGUCGUCGAGCGUGCUCCCGGCCAUCGCGUGGACGGCCGUGCUCCUGCUCGCGCUCGCGGGGCUCGUGUCCUACGGCAGGCCGCAACAACGCCAUGGCGGCGUCGCUGAUCCAAUGGAGGACGACGAGGUCGCAGGCGCGGGCCUCGCGGUGGAGGUUGCCGCGUCCCGGGGCGUCGUGCAGGGCGUGUCGGAGAAGUCCGCCGGCCCGGCGCUCCUCGAGGCCGGGCGCGCCUUCGACUGGACCAAGGGGAUGCUGGCGUGGCAGCGCACGGCGUUCCAUUUCCAGCCCCAGAAGAACUGGAUGAAUGAUCCCAACGGUCCAUUGUACUACAAGGGAUGGUACCAUCUGUUCUACCAAUGGAACCCGGACGCGGCGGUGUGGGGGAACAUCACGUGGGGCCACGCCGUGUCGCGCGACCUCAUCCACUGGCUGCACCUGCCGCUGGCCAUGGUGCCCGACCACUGGUACGACAUCAACGGCGUCUGGACCGGCUCCGCCACGACGCUCCCGGACGGCAGGAUCGUCAUGCUCUACACGGGCGCCACGGAGGAGAUGGUCCAGGUGCAGCUCCUGGCCGAGCCGGCCGACCCGUCCGACCCGCUGCUGCUUCGGUGGGCCAAGUCGGAGGCGAACCCGAUCCUGGUGCCGCCGCCGGGCGUCGGGCUCAGCGACUUCCGCGACCCGACCACGGCGUGGCUCAACCCGACCGACUCCACGUGGCGGAUCACCAUCGGGUCCAAGAACCCGGAGCACGCCGGGCUGGCGCUGGUGUACAAGACGACGGACUUCGUGCACUACGACCUGCUGCCGUCGCUGCUGCACCUGGUGCACGGCACGGGGAUGUGGGAGUGCGUGGACUUCUACCCGGUGUCCACCACCAGCAGGCCGGGCGGCGAGAUCGGGCUCGAGACGUCCGUGCCGCCGGGGCCUGGGGUGAAGCACGUGGUCAAGGUCAGCCUCGACGACGACAGGAACGACUACUACGCCAUCGGCACCUACGACGCCAAGGACGACACAUGGACGCCGGACGACGCCGCCAUCGACGUCGGGAUCGGGCUCCGGUACGACUACGGCAGGUUCUACGCCUCCAAGACCUUCUACGACCCCGUCGGCCGCCGGCGCGUGCUCUGGGGGUGGAUCGUCGAGACCGAUAGCGAGCGUGCAGACAUCCUCAAGGGCUGGGCAGGCCUCCAGUCAGUUCCGAGGACGGUUCUCAUGGACACGAAGACAGGCAGCAACCUGCUCCAGUGGCCGGUGGUGGAGGUGGAGAACCUCCGGAUGCGCGGCAAGAGCUUCGACGGCCUGGCCGUGCCGCCCGGCUCCGUCGUGCCCUUGGACGUCGGCAAAGCAUCACAGUUGGACAUCGAAGCGGCCUUUCAGGUACAUCUGGACUCGUCGGUGGCCGGGGGAGCGGAGGGGGCAGAAUCGUACAACUGCAGCGCGAGCGCCGGCGCGGCGGGGCGAGGCGUGCUCGGCCCGUUCGGGCUCCUCGUGCUGGCCGACGAGGGCUUGUCGGAGCAGACCGCCGUCUACUUCUACCUGGUCAAGGAUGCCAACGGAAAAUUCACCACUUUCUUCUGCCAAGAUGCGCUCAGGUCGUCAAAGGCGAACGAUCUCGAUAAGAAAGUAUACGGCAGCUUGGUCCCUGUACUUGAUGGAGAAAAUCUGUCAGUAAGAAUACUGGUUGAUCACUCCAUAGUGGAAAGCUUUGCUCAGGGCGGGAGGACUUGCAUUACAUCGCGCGCCUACCCUACAAAGGCGAUCUAUGACUCUGCCAGAGUCUUCCUCUUCAACAACGCGACAAAUGUUAACAUCACCGCGAAAUCACUCAAGAUCUGGGAGAUGAACUCAGCUUACAUCCGUCCAUAUCCAAGUUCUGUCUAAGCAGAAUGGCAAACAAUGCCUGUCUGAGUUGUUUAUAUGUUCUCUGUAGCAUAGCAGUUCUUUAUUUUUCAUUACUUCUUUGGAAAGUAUAAUAACGGGCAACGAAGCCAUUGGUGGACCACAGAAUGUAUUUUUGACACACACAAAAGUUGGAUUUUGUAUGUAGGAAUAAUGUGUUCAAAUAACUUGGGGCUUCACAAAAUGAAAUAAUAUGUCUCCUUUCAUUCAUCAUAUACUUUGUGUAAAAGGAAACACAUAUACUUUGCAAA